GGGACAGGAGCGGCGAGACCAGGUGUCGCGCCGCGGAGCCGCGGAACCGCCGCGCCCCGCCCCCGCCCGCGCCCCCGCCCGCGCCCGCGGGCUCGGGUUACCUGCGGCCGGUGGGCGGGGCGGCCCUUCCCGUCUGCGCCGUCCCCCAGCCUCCAGGGCGGCGGAGCCGGGAAGUGGGAGCGGGAGCGAGGGAGGCGGAGACUGGCGAGGCUGCCACCGCCCUCCGGGAUCCAAGGCGAGGGGCUGCAUGGAGCUGCCGGCGCGGCUCUGCGGGCUGUGGGCGCUGCUGCUCUGCUUCGCCGACGGCGGGGACGCCGCGCCCACGGAAACUCAGCCACCAGUGACGAAUUUGAGUGUUUCUGUUGAAAACCUCUGCACGGUAAUAUGGACAUGGAAUCCUCCAGAGGGAGCCAGCCCGAAUUGUAGUCUAUGGUAUUUUAGUCAUUUUGGCAACAAGCAGGAUAAGAAAAUUGCUCCAGAAACUCAUCGUUCGAAAGAAGUGCCCUUGAAUGAGAGGGUUUGUUUGCAAGUGGGGUCCCAAUGUAGCACCAAUGAAAGUGACAAUCCUAGCAUUUUGGUGGAAAAGUGCAUCUCACCCCCUGAAGGUGAUCCUGAGUCGGCUGUGACUGAGCUACAAUGCAUUUGGCACAACCUGAGCUACAUGAAUUGUACUUGGCUCCCUGGAAGGAACACAAGACCUGACACUAAUUAUACUCUCUACUACUGGCACAGCAGCCUGGGAAAAAUUCUUCAAUGUGAAGACAUCUAUACAGCAGGUCAACACAUUGGUUGUUCCUUUGCUCUGACUAAGUUGAAGGAUUCCAGUUUCGACCAACACAGUGUCCAAGUAAUGGUCAAGGAUAAUGCAGGAAAAAUUAGACCAUCCUUCAAUAUAGUGCCUUUAACUUCUCAUGUGCAACCUGAUCCUCCACAUAUUAAAAAUCUCUUCUUUCAACAUGGUGACUUAUACGUACUAGGGAAGAAUCCACAGAAUUUUUAUAGCAGAUGCUUAUCUUAUGAAGUAGAAUUCAAUAACAGCCAAACUGAGACACAUUAUAUUUUAUCCGUUGAAGAACCCAAAUGUGAUAAUUUAGAAUUUGAGGGAAACCUGGAGGGUACAAUUUGUUUCCGGGUCCCUGGUGUUUUUCCUGAUACUUUGAACACAGUCAGAAUAAGAGUCAAAACAAAUAAGUUUUGCUAUGAGGAUGACAAACUCUGGAGUAAUUGGAGUCCAGCAAUGAGUAUAGGUAAGAAGGCCAAUCCGACAUUCUACAUAACCAUGUUACUCAUCAUUCCAGUAAUCGUUGCAGGUGCAAUCAUAGUCCUUCUUCUUUAUUUAAAAAGGCUCAAGAUCAUUAUAUUCCCUCCGAUUCCUGAUCCUGGCAAGAUUUUUAAAGAAAUGUUUGGAGACCAGAAUGAUGAUACCCUGCACUGGAAGAAAUAUGACAUCUAUGAGAAACAAACCAAAGAAGAAACUGACUCUAUAGUGCUGAUAGAAAACCUGAAGAGAGCCUCUCAGUGAUGGGGAUAAUUUAUCUUAACCUUCAAUAUGACCAUGUGAAGACUCAUCCCAUUCUCCAUUUGUUAACUGGUAACUUGUUAAAUGGAAACUGAAACUACUGGACCAUUUAAAAACAAGCAGCUCAAAGAGCCACACGUCUUUAUGUUGAGUCAUGUACCAAAAAAAAAAA